AGUAAGUUUGAAAGUCUAGUUUUGAAGAGAAAUAUCGCUGAUGGACAUCAAAAAGGACUAGUGAAACUUGUACGAUCAUGCACUUGCCACUUCUCUUGUCAGUUGCGUCGCUUCUGGUAGCAACAACAACAGUCUCCAUACCCUCCGAGAUGAAAAUUGUAUGCUCACCGCUCGAGAUUCGUCCCACAUGCUUCUAACAACUCCAAAGCGGCAAUCAUCUACCAACCCCAUCAACACCACACCCCUUCUCCUUGGCGCAUGUCUCGCAAUGGGAAUGUGCUAUUACGGCACUGACCAGAAAGGCUACUACACCUCCGCUUGCAGCAGCAUGAGCAAUAUUGGAGGGGUUUGCUUCGGCAACGCGGAUGUUCAAGCUGCUCUCAGUGUGCAGGUUGAAAAGGGACAUGCACUGUGGCCUGCCAAGUGCCCUUACUCGUAAUUGCCCCACUUAGGUGAUGGCCAUUCGGAUGGGUAAAUAGAGGAGAACGAGAUGAGGGAAAACGAGAGGCGAAGGAAUUGUAUGCAAGCUGAGAAGCCAGAAAUUCGUUCG